CUCUGCUUCUAGGGUUGAGCCACUCGGAGAAAUAGAAAGAGGAAAGCGAAAGCUCAAUCACCAUCUCCAAUGGCGCCGAGGAAGACACAGAAGGUGAACAGAAACCCCGAUCUCAUCAGGGGAGUCGGAAAGUUCUCUAGAUCGAAGAUGUACCACAAAAGGGGUCUGUGGGCUAUCAAGGCCAAAAACGGCGGCAAAUUCCCCCACCAUGAUCCCAAGCCCAAGCCGGAGGCUCCCGCGGAGAAGGCCCCCAAGUUCUAUCCCGCCGAAGACGUGAAGAAACCGCUUGUCAACAAGCGAAAGCUGAAGCCCACCAAGCUCAGGGCAAGCAUUACCCCAGGGACAGUGUUGAUCAUUUUGGCUGGAAGGUUCAAGGGAAAGAGAGUUGUGUUCUUGAAGCAGCUUUCUUCUGGAUUGCUUUUGGUCACUGGACCAUUCAGGGUCAAUGGUGUUCCAUUGAGGCGUGUCAACCAGUCGUAUGUCAUUGGAACAUCGACCAAGGUUGACAUCUCUGCUGUCAAUGUCGAUAAAUUCGAUGACAAGUACUUUGCCAAGGUUGCUGAGAAGAAAAAGAAGAAGGGAGAGGGCGAGUUCUUUGAGGCUGAGAAGGAGGAGAAAAAGGUGCUCCCACAAGAGAAGAAAGAUGACCAAAAAGCCGUUGAUGCGGCUUUGAUCAAGGUCAUUGAAGCUGUUCCCGAGCUGAAGGCUUACAUUGGUGCCAGGUUCUCUCUGAAACAAGGGGACAAACCACAUGAGCUUAAGUUUUAGAUUCCCGAGAUUUUUGUGUAUUAGGUUUUGUUUUGUUUUAUCUCUUCUUGCCUUAUUUACGCCGUACCAAACUUGGUUUUACCUAAUGUACUCAGGGGCUUCAGGUGUUAUAUUGAUGUUUAAGAACACCCUUUGGCAUUGUCUUUGAAUCAACAGUGUCGCUUGCUUUGGCCAAUUAUGUUGUUUCUUAUACUA